GUGGCUACAGUGAACGCACCCAAAUCCCGUUUCAGGAACUCCGUUCACCUCCGUACUCUCUUCAACCACGUGGACCUCAAAAGAAGGCAGAGACUCUAAUCAUUCCAACAUACCUAUCUUCUAAUCCACUGUCGUUGUGUAGCUGCAUUCAAGGAUGGCGUUGUCAGUACCCAAGUCUGGGCUCUCCACGAUGAUGAAGGACGGAGCAAAGCACUUCCAUGGACUAGAAGAGGCCAUCUAUAGGAAUAUCCAGGCAUGCAAGGAGCUCUCAGUGGUGACCAAGUCAUCUUACGGGCCUAAUGGUAUGAACAAGAUGGUCAUCAAUCAUCUAGAGAAGCUUUUUGUAACCAACGAUGCCGCUACCGUGCUCAAGGAGCUUGAGGUACAACACCCUGCCGCCAAGAUGAUUGUCAUGGCAACUCAAACUAUGGAGCAGGAGGUUGGUGACGGGACUAACUUUGUUCUGGUCUUGUGUGGAGCUUUGCUGACUCAUGCUGAAGAGCUGCUUAGAAUGGGGCUCUCCCCAGCGGAGGUCAUCGAUGGCUACGAAAUGGCCCUUCUUAAGUCACUAGAGGUCUUACCAUCUCUAGAGUGCAGCAAGGCGUCUAAUCUAAGAGACAAGAAGGAGGUUGUCAAGGCAUUAAAAACGUCCAUAGCUAGCAUGCAGUACGGCAAUGAGGACUUCCUAGCCGGACUGGUGGCUGAAGCUUGUGUGAAUGCCCUGCCUCUGAAUGCCACCAACUUCAACGUGGACAACGUUAGAAUUGCCAAGAUAAUCGGAGCCGGUGUACUCAGAUCUAAAGUCAUGAAAGGCAUGGUGUUCAGGAGGGAAGUUGAAGGAACUUUGAAUAGAAUGACGAACGCCAAGGUAGCCGUCUACACCUGUCCGUUUGACUCUAUGGCAACAGAGACGAAGGGCACUGUCCUGCUGAAGACAGCCAAUGAACUGCUUGAUUUUAGCAAGACAGAGGAGGAUCUUAUAGAGGGGCAAGUGAAGGCGCUAUCUGAGGCCGGCUGUAAUGUCGUGGUGGCCGGGGGAAAGUUCGGAGAAAUGGCACUACAUUUUCUCAACAAAUACAACAUCAUGGCGGUCAGACUGCUCUCAAAGUUUGAUCUAUCUCGGCUGUGCAAGAGCAUAGGAGCUACUGCCCUCCCUAAGAUGGUUCCUCCGACGUCUGGGGAGACAGGUCACUGCGAUGUUGUCGAAGUGCAGGAGAUUGGGGACACUAAUGUCAUUGUGUUUAGGCAGGAAAAGGAAGAAAGUCGUAUCUCCACGAUUGUUGUGCGUGGCUCCACACAGAACAUCAUGGACAACUUAGAGAGAGCUCUCGAUGAUGGCAUCAACACUUUCAAGGCUCUCACACGAGAUGCUCGCUUUGUACCAGGAGCUGGUGCCACGGAGAUAGAACUGGCCAAACAGCUCACCUCUUACGGAGAGACCUGUCCUGGUUUGGAGCAGUAUGCUAUCAAGAAGUUUGCGGAGAGUUUGGAGUCUUUGCCUCGAGCACUGGCAGAAAAUGCCGGAGUCAAAGCAACAGAAGUGGUAAGCAAGCUGUAUGCAGCCCACCAGGCUGGAGAUAAGAAUGCUGGAGUGGACAUUGAGGGAGAUGGGGCGGCUGUCAAGGAUAUGGCAGCUGCUGGUGUGUGGGAUCUCUAUGUAGCCAAGUGGUGGGGACUCAAGCUCUCCACCACAGCUGCCAACACUGUUCUCAGAGUGGACCAGAUUAUCAUGGCCAAGCAAGCCGGAGGACCCAAACCAAAGCAAAACAAAAACUGGGACGAUGAUUAAGCUAUAAGCUCUUAGUACCCUAUUAUCAAUUAUGGUUUAUUGCACAUGCAGUUUUAGUCGAUAUAAAUAUGCUUAAUGAA